CGCUAAAUUUAAAAGAACAUUUAUGUAGUGUUCAUAAAAUAAUAAACGACGACGAUUGGAAAAACUAUACAAGUACUUCCUUGGCGUGGCAAUAUUACACUAAAGAAAAAGAAUAUACUGCAAGGUGCAAAAUUUGUUGUAAACUGUUAAAGCAUGCAUACAACGUGGCAGCAUUAGAAUUUCAUUUGUUACACAUUCAUAGAGAGGAAAUAAUAAAGAUACAAGAAAUGAUUAAACGUACCUGGUUAAUACGAUAUUUCGCGUUCAACGAGUAUGAUGAUAAAGUAAAAUGCAUUCGUUGCAAGCGCGAAUUGAAAAUAUUUAUCGGAAUAAGUCGUUUAAAAUAUCACUUAAAAAGCUGUCACGAAGGAAAUGAAGGAAAUGAUGUAGACAUAAUGGUGCAGCAAUCCGUAAACGAAAAAGACAACGCAAGUACAAGUUCUCAUCAAGUCGAAUUGUAUUCGCAAACCAUAGAUGAAGAAAGGCAACGAUUUUAUGCAACAGUUCAACAACAGCAAAUAGUGAAGGGUACAGAAUCGAAACAGGUCUUACAAUCUAAUACAACACUAAAUAAUGAUAGCUAUUUCUUAAAUGCUUUAACAUUUUGUGAUUCAACUGAACAUUUAAAAUCUAAUGAUGAAAUUAAUAUAAGUACUGCAAAUAUAUUGAUGCAACAAUCACUAAAUGAAGCACAUAAUGUAAAUUCAAGAUCUAAUCAUGUCGGUACACAUUCAGAGGCCAUAGAAAAUGAAGAUAAACGGUUUCAUCAUGAAACAAUUUUAAAUCAACAAACAGCAAUGAUGAUUUCAGAAGAAAUAUUAUAA